CCAAUCACUAUUUUCUUUUCCUCCCUCUCUGGACCCUGGCCGCGUCAAUUUCACCUGGCCCGUUAAGUUUGCAAGAGGGAGAAUACACCCUAGGUGCGCCUCCAAUGGCGUCUACCUUAUAUAUAUUUAUGCUACUGAUACUACAUGUUCCCCGCACCUCUGUUCAUGCCUUACAGCCCCGGCGACGACUUCUGCGACAGUCAUGGAACUUGUCCUAUGAAUAUGCAGCUCACUCACGCAACAUCUACCCACACCUUGAAGGAUUCAGACACAUCCUGAGCACAAAUCUCAACAUCAUCAAUACCUGGAAUCAGCCAGACGAUAAAGCAGACCGGCCCACUCUGUUUCUCUUAACAGCACCAAUGCAGGCUGGAUCUGUGUGAGAUGUUCCGUGUACAGCCCUAGCAGGUCAUGCAUUUGGAUCACCCCAGCUAUGGAACAAAGUUUAUGCUCGCUCUAUCAUCAUUACGCAUUCUCCGUGACACCAAAGUUUGCUUGUGGUCUGGCA